UAAAAGUAAUAAGUUUAUUUCAGUCGUAUACUCAAAAGGGGCCACUAUAUAUGAAAAAAGUGAAAAAUGGUAUAAAUUAGUCAAGAUGCUUGAAGUGAGGUCUAAAAGAACUGCUAAAAUUAAAUGGGAUUUUGGAGAAAUGGUGUCUUUGAUUCACGAUCUCCUUAUGCAUAAAGGAAAAUUAAAUAUAUUUUAGCUAUUGCCAAUGAUUUUAGCUACAACUUUUUUCUUUGCCCCUCCAAUAUAUCAAUUUAAAAGAUGCUAGCAGGAGGAUAGAAGCUAAUAGUUGUCGAAAAACUAAAUUAUUGGUUCACAUAAACGUUUUGACCUCAAUGAAUUCCUUAUUGAUGCCAGAAAACGUAUAUGGAUAAAUUUAGUUUAGCUCUUGAUGGUAGGCCACUCACGCAUACUUUGAGCUUGUUAAGCAUGAUUUACAGCUCCACAGAAAUAGAAGCAGGCCUUCUUAAACAGAGGAGUAGCUUGGAAGGGAUGAAUUUACCCUAUGAUGUCUCGAGGAAACGUGCCACUGAGGUGUGGCAACCCUACACCCUAUGUGGCACGACUGGAUUAAGACCUAAAGGUCUGCAAGGUUCCUCAAAUGAGGGACCUUUAAAUAUUUUUAGGGAUUGUCAAUGUGCUGAUAGACCUAUUAACGCUGAAACCCGAAUGUCUCAGUGUCUCUUGCAGGGCCCCUCUUCAAAUUUUGUUGAUAUCUCAAUAGAAAGGGUUGAUAGCAUUACCGUGGAUAAGCAAGAUGAAACAUUAGUACACGGCACAAAAGUUGGACUACAUCAAAGAAUAGAGAAGAAAUACAAAAGUUCGGACUCCUUUACUUUAGGAAAAUCUUUAAAGUUAUUGUUUGAUGCCCUUCGCAGGUCACCUGUAGUUUUAAACGAGAAAUUUUUAGAUUUUGUAGCAGAGUUUGGUCUUUUAAAGAGAAUUACUGAGUAUACUAAAAAGUAUAUUUCUGGGGGAAAUCCAUAAAUUUCGUUACUUU